CACUGCUUAAAACAUCACAUGAUCUUUCCCGGGCCCGGUAUUUCAUAAAACAGAGCGGGGCGCAGGAAGGAGGCUGACACGGUGACUCCUGGUGGAUGGGCGUGGGGAGUGAGAGUCAAGCCCUGACUGAUUGCGGGCGCUCGGACUCAGCAUGGAAAGUCUCUUCGGGGUCCUGGGAUUUCUGCUGCUGGCUUCAGGACUGCCGCUCCAGGACGCCAAGCGAUUUCGUGAUGUGCUGGGCCAUGAACAGUAUCCAGGUCACUUGAGGGAACGCAGCCAAUUACGUGGCUGGUCUUCUGAUGAAAAUGAGUGGAAUGAAAAGCUCUACCCAGUGUGGAAGAGGGCAGACGGCAGGUGGAAGGACUCCUGGGAAGGAGGCCGUGUGCAGGCAGUCCUGACCAGUGACUCACCAGCUCUGGUGGGUUCCAAUAUCACAUUUGUGGUGAACCUGGUGUUCCCCAGAUGCCAGAAGGAAGAUGCCAAUGGUAACAUCGUCUAUGAGAAGAACUGCAGAAAUGAUUUGGGAUUCACUCCUGACCGAUAUGUCUACAACUGGACAGCAGGGGCAGAGGAUGGCGACUGGGAAGGCAACAGCAGCCGCAGCGAGCACCUGGAGUUCCCUGAUGGCAAGCCCUUCCCUCACCCCCAUGGAAGGAAGAGAUGGAGCUUUGUCUACAUCUUUCACACACUUGGUCAGUAUUUCCAAAAACUGGGUCGGUGUUCAGCACGGGUUUCUGUAAACACAGCCAAUAUGACCCUUGGCCAUCAGGUCAUGGAAGUGGCUGUCUUUCGAAGACACGGCCGGGCAUACAUUCCCAUUGCUCAGGUGAAAGACAUCUAUGUGACAACAGAUCAGAUUCCUAUAUUUGUGACCAUGUCCCAGAAGAAUGACCGGAACUCAUCUGAUGAAACCUUCCUUAGAGACCUCCCCAUUGUGUUCGAUGUCCUCAUUCAUGAUCCCAGCCACUUCCUCAAUGACUCUGCCAUUUCCUACAAGUGGAACUUUGGGGACAACACUGGCCUGUUUGUCUCCAACAAUCACACUUUGAACCAUACGUAUGUGCUCAAUGGAACCUUCAAUCUUAACCUCACCGUGCAAGCUGCAGUGUCUGGGUCAUGCCCUUCACCUUCAUCACCUCCAGUCACACCGCCAGCACCCACACAGCCAAUAACCACACCGCCAGCACCCACACAACCAAUAACCACACCGCCAGCACCCACACAGUCAAUAACCACACCGACAGCACCCACACAGUCAAUAACCACACCGACAGCACCCACACAGCCAAUAACCACACUGCCAACACCAAGCCCUUCUUUAAUGUCUAUGGUUUAUAACUCCAUGGAGCUGAGGGACUUUUCCAGCGAAAACUGCCAGAUAAACAGAUACGGUUAUUUCAGAGCCACCAUCACAAUUGUAGAGGGGAUUCUAGAAGUCAACGUUAUCCAGAUAGCAGACGUCCCAGUGCCCAUGCCCCAGCCUGAGAACUCCCUGAUGGACUUCACUGUGACCUGCAAAGGGGCCACCCCCACAGAAGUUUGCACCAUCAUCUCUGACCCUACCUGCCAGAUGGCCCAGAACAGGGUCUGCAGCCCAGUGUCUGUGGACCAGCUGUGUCUGCUAUCUGUGAGAAGAGCCUUCAAUGGGUCUGGCAUGUACUGUGUGAACUUCACUCUGGGUGAUGAUGCAAGCUUAGCCCUCACCAGCACCCUGAUCUCUGUCCCUGGCAAAGACCGAGCCUCCCCUCUGAGAAUGGCAAACGGUGCCUUGAUCUCCAUCGGCUGCCUGGGCCUGUUUGUCACCAUGGUUACCGGUAUCUUGCUGUACAAAAAACACCAGGCAUACAAGCCUAUAGGAAGCCGCCCCAGGAAGAUGGUCAAAGGCAAAAGCCUGAGUGUUUUCCUCAGCCAUGCAAAGGCCCCGUUCUUCCGGAGAAACCGGGAGAAGGAUCCGCUGCUGCACAGCAAGCCGGGGAUGCCCUAAGUCUUCAGCCUUCUUUCUGACCAGGAGCCCACUCCAGUGUGUUUAUGUGAGCCGUGCAGAAGCACGGGACUAGAAACGCUCUUUUCCAAAGGAUCAUUGUAAAAUAUCUAUGAUGGUUUAGGAGGCUAGUUAUAUGGCGCUUUAGAGAAGGCAUGAAAUGACUUAGUAUUUCCUCCUGUUUGUGUCCUGGUUUUUACUGUGUAAGUAGGACGCACACACUGUGUCUGAAGAGUGACGGGAAAGUCAUUGCUCCUGAAGGUCCUAGGUUAACUAGGAGAGGAGACUACAUGCUUCCCAGCUUUCCAAAUAGCCAUGUGCUAUUAUUCUUGACCUGAAGACCAGGCUCCAUCUAACUGAACAUGCCUGAGCUCCUGGCAGAAAGAUAAUACAAGCUUUUUGUAUUGUGUGUGUGUACAUGCUAUACUCAUUAAAGACAGUCUAAUUAGCGGGUGUGAUUAUUUUAUCAGGGUGAAAACUUUUCCUGUCUAGUUGGAUGACAUCCUCAUCUAUUCUUUAUCCAGGAACAUUUAUUUAGUGCUUUCUGUAUACCAACAGUGAUGCUGAGACUUGGUCUUGCACUCAGAGUUGAUGGGCUGUUGUGCACAUCCUGGCUCUUGGUGCCUUCCAGGGUUCCUAUGUAGAAUGGCGUGCUAUGGUUUUUGUAAGGUAGGCCACUUCUUUUCCUAUCAGUUUCUGUGUGAAAAGUCAUAUAGGAAAUAAUCAAGGAUCUCACCUCUAUUUGUAAGUAAAACCCUGUGCCAUAUGUUAGACAUGACAUUCUUUUUUUCUCCUUCUUGAAAAAUAAAAUGUGGGAUGAGAUGA